CUGUUAGGGCAACAGUCAAAUUCAACAAACUUCCAUGUUUCACUGUCAAAUCCUCCAAAGUAAUUAGCUUCGCCUAAACAUGGCCCCAAAAAGGCCAAUAGGGCUUAGCCCUGAAGAGAAAAUAGCUCGUCAAAACCGUGCACGGCGUCGAUUUAAGGCUUUCGUCAGACUGGUGAUGGCCAAUCUCUUCUGGCUGGGCGAUCUGGACGACACUCUCGGAGAAAACGUGAUGCUAAACAUCCAGAAGCUAACCAGGAAGAAAAUUAAGAAAAGCACCUUAACCACCAAGGAGAAAAUCAUUCUGAGCAAGCCGAAGGAGGAGCGCAGCGAAGAGGAGAAGCAUUUGCUCAAUAGAGCCAUUGGAGGCUUAAAGUGCUUCAGAAGAUAUCCCCCCAAUGUCAAAAGCCAAUUAGCUGCAGUCACCUACUUUGUGUACAUCGGUCCGGACCGAGUGAUAGUGAAACAAGAUCACGCACCUUCAGCCAUGUACUUUCUGCUGGCCGGAGAAGGAUUGGUGACAGUGAAAACCUACGACAAAGGACUGAACGAGUGGAUCACAGAAGAGCAUGGUACGGUGGGCCCUGGGACAAUGUUUGGCGAAGUCGCUCUGAUCCAUGGAAUAGCUAGAACCGCCACCAUCACCACCACGAUGCCUUGCGAACUGUUGAUGAUAAAAAAGGAGGACUUUGACAUCGUCUUAAAGGAGACGGUGUGGAAAGCUUGGGAGGAAAUCACCAAAAUUAUGAAUAGAUAUUCCUACUUUAAAAACUGGGAUGCGGUAACUAAACGCGAAUGCAGCAUCAUUGCCCGAACGAAAACCUACAAGGCGGACGAAGUGGUUUUGGGGGACGGAGUGGGUCUGCCAACCUACUCAUAUUUGAUCACCAAAGGAAGUUGCAGCAUUAUAGAACACUUGCAAGUGCUAGUUCAUUAUGUGCAUGGGCUCAAACGGUACCGGCUGGUGACUUGCGAUUCGAAUACUAGAGCCUGCAGCAUAUCCCAACGCAGAAAAUUACCCAAAUCCAAAGUAGCCACUAUAUUACCGCCUUCGACUGCUCCAAAACACUCUACUGCAGAUUCCACCAAUUCCAACACCAGCAGUAUAUCAAGAGAUGCCUGCAUGGAGGAGUCUCAAAUGGAAACCCAUUUCAUCAAGGUGUGUGAACUCACCGAAGGGGCUAUUUUCAAUGUGGGGGAAUUAUUUGAGCGACGAAGAGUGGUGGCUGAUACCAACACCCAUUGCUUGCUGAUCCCCCGCUACUGGCUGAUAAAGAUGAACAAGGACAACAUUUGGAGUAAAGUGCAGCAAUUUCUGAACAAAAACAUCCCCUCGACCAGAAAAAUAUUUGACGAAUGGAUCAAAGAGAAGAAAUUCAUGGCGUUUCGGAAGAAGCUAGUCCGAGAUAUUUUGGCAGCCAAAUCUGUCUCGAACACCAAUUGCAUUCACAAUGUGCCCUACAGCAUCAGGUUGAAGGAAAAUCCUGAUGCCUACUUAAAUUAUUAAACCCAUUGUCUAA